UCCCAACGUUUGCCUAAAACUUUUCGGAAAGUGGACAAAUAUGUUGUCUUUUUAAGUUGAAAUUGUUAAACGGGAAUAUUUAAAGUUUAUUGAAGCUGGCGUUGACAUGUCGCGAAGUGGCGUUCUAUCAUAUUUCCAUUAGAGACCAAGCAGUAUGGCAGAAGGCGAGGAGACCAUGAGUCAGGAGGACUGGAAGGACAAGUGCAUGGUCCUCGAAGCUCUGCUCAUGAAGUUCAGGGUUCAGAUCAUCAAAAUUAGAGAGCUCACUGCUGACAAGAUUCAACAACUGGAAAGGCAGGUGACCGAGUCAGAAAAACGAGCUUUUACCGCUCAGCAGCAGUUACAAUGGACGGAGGACAAGCUGAAGGCUCCAGACGGUCAGUCUGAAAACUCAGAGAAGCUUUUAUUUCAGCGCUGCCAAGAGCUACAAGCUUUAGUGCAGGAAAAAGAAGGCAUCAUCAACCAUCUUGAACAGCAACUUGAAGAGCAGACACAGUCAAGACUUCAAGAUGCCAAGACAGUAGAGGAGAAAGCGGCUAAAAUCAAGGAAUGGGUGAUGCUGAAGUUGUCAGAGUUUGAGGUGGAGAAUGCUGCUCUAAGAGAAACCAACAAGCAACAGGACACUCAAAUUAUGGAGUUAGAGAAGAAAAUAGAAGAAUUCGAGCAGAAGUACUCUAGUGGACGUGUUGUACUUUGCAGGCCGGGUGAAGCCCAGCGUGUCAGCAGCCUGACGUUUGGCUGCUUUCAGGUUAGAGGGAAAAGCCCGCGUCUCAUAACUGGACCUUCACCCUCCCAGAGGAGCCUAAGCACCCCGGAAGAGACAAAAGACAUGGGAAAUAUGCAGUCAUCAUCCACUGAUGCUGAACUCCGUAGCCCAAAUCAAAACAGACUCCUGGAUAGUCCCCCAGAAGAGAACCAGACCAGUAAUACAUUAGAGUUUGGAGAUGGUAGGCCAGAGUCUUGUAGUGUUUCCUCAGUGCUCUCCAGUGCUGAGGGAGGAGGAGGGUGUGAGGUCAAAGAAGAAGGCACGGCCACUGUUAUGGAGUUAAGUCGUGUUGGGAGCGAGGCCUACCUGACUGCCUCAGAUGACAGCAGCUCUCUGUUUGACGACGACAUGCAGCGAGUAGAGCGAACCAGCUUCAAUCUGCUGGGAGGAGCCUCAGACGGGGCCCCUGCAGGGUGUAAAAUGAGGGAGGACUGCAACUCUGAGGAGCUCAACAAACGAUUCCAGUCACAGACGCUUGACUCAUCAUCCUCAUCCAGUGAACCUAAGACUCCCAGCCCCAUCCUCACGCCAGCUCUCACUCCUAAACGUCCCAACCCACCCCAGGACUUUAGAGACAAGCCAGCCUCACCCAAGCAACCCCGACUGCGGACCCCAACAGGUUUGGGUUUGAUGCAAGUAGUUAUGGCUAAGAAACACCUGAGCCAACCAUCCGUCAGCACAGAGGCUGCACACGGACAAACACGUAACGCUCUUAGCAUGCUACGCUCACUCCGGCCACAGGAAACAGACCUUGACCAAGGCGAGGAGGUCGGCAUGGAAACGGGCAAGGUUCCACCCCCGCAGAUCCGCCACGGCUCUCGCGCCAAACCCGCAAUGCUUUCCAUACAGGCCACACCCGUCCCUUCUGAUGGUUGUCUCGAAAUAACCUUAGACAGUCACAGUUCACCUCCUACACCCCCUUUACACAGACUCCCCUCCUGGGAGAGUCGCAUCUAUGCAGUGGCUAAAUCAGGAAUAAGGCUGUCUGAGACAUCCUACACAGACUCAGCUAGCAAAGACUCCUCGUUGCAAUCCUCUUAUCCGGCCUUUGAAAUGUACACAUCCCUGGUUUAUAAAAACAUGAGCACACCAGUAUACACUACUCUGAAGGGAAAGGCCACUCUGCUGAGCAGCAGUCCGUUCUCAGAUGAGUCCUCCAGCUCAGAGGAGUCGUCCAGUUCAGGAGAAGAAGAUGGUUCCUUUUGCAGCUCUCACAACUCCUCCAGCUCUCACAAGGACAGUAUCCCAGGCAGCCCACGCUCUCUAAAAAGAGCGGUGUCCGUGUCUUCAAUGGCAUCAGAAUGCGACUACGCCAUUCCACCUGAUGCCUAUUCCACCGAUACCGAGUGCUCUGAACCAGAACAGAAACUCCCCAAAACUUGCUCCUUGGCUCGAGACAACUGCAAGACCGAAUCAAUGGAGAAAUCAGGUUACCUGCUGAAAAUGGUGAAGACUUGGAAGAAAACCUGGAAGAGACGCUGGUUCGUCUUGAAAGAUGGAGAGCUCCUCUACUACAAAUCCCCAAGCGAUGUGAUAAGGAAACCUCAAGGUCAGAUUGAGCUCAACGCCACCAGCAACAUUGCACGUGGAGAAGGAAAACAAGUACUCCAGAUAGUUACAGGGAAGCGAGUGUACUAUCUCAAAGCAGACUCCCCUAACCUGCUGGAUGAAUGGCUCAGAGUACUGCAGGCUGUGCUGAGAGUCAAAGCUGCAAGUCCACUCUUCACUCAGCCGGAUAUGCGGCCCACCAUGAAGGGACAUCUUAUCAAGGUAAAACAUGGCUACUCUAAGCGGGUUUGGUGUGCUUUGAUUGGCAAAACGCUAUACUACUUUCGCAGUCAGGAGGACAAGUUUCCACUUGGUCAGAUUAAGGUUUGGGAUGCCCAAGUGGAGGAGGUGGACAGGUCUCAGGACUCCGAUGAUGACCUGAAAGCAUGUGUGGACAGCUUACCGGUAGUUUCCUUCACCAUCGCCAUUCACCCGCAGGAUCAAGAACCAACUUACCUGCUCAUUGAGUCUCGCCAUGAAAAGGCCUCGUGGUUGUACCAUCUGAGUGUCGCAGCAGCAACCAUGAUGGGAAAAGUCGGCACUGAAUUUGAGCAAUUGGUGGGGAAACUCUUCCAACAGAAUGGAGAUCCAAACUCACAGAUCUGGCGACACCCAAUGUUGUCUUUCAGUAAGGAAGCUCUGUCGUCUCCUCUCACCACGGUGCCUUCACAGGCCCUGCAAACAGAGGCUGUCAAACUCUUUAAGACUUGUCAGCUGUUCAUCAAUGUGGCUAUCGAUGCCCCAGCCAUCGACUAUCAUGUCUCUCUCGUUCAGAGUGCCCAGCAGGUGUGUCUGACCCACCCGGAGUUACAAAAUGAGUUUUUCUGCCAGCUCAUUAAGCAGACCCGAAGGAGACAGCCGCCCAGCCAGCAAGGACCCGUGCAGGGAUGGCAGUUUUUAGCCUUGUGUGUUGGACUCUUUCUGCCUCAGCAGCCUUUCCUUUGGCUGCUCCAAGUUCAUCUUAAUAGACACGGAGAGUCCAGGACUGAGGUGGGUAAAUAUGCCAUCUACUGCCAGCGUUCAAUGGAGCGCACCCAGCAGAAAAGCGAGAGACAAGCCAGAGCGUCCCGUAUGGAGAUCCUGUCUAUUCUCCUCAGAAAUCCCUACCACCACUCCCUGCCCUUUAGUGUGCCUGUUCACUUCCUCAAUAACACGUAUCAGGUGGUGGGCUUUGAUGCAUCGACCACAGUGGAUGAGUUCCAGUGUCGUCUCAACCAGGACACCGGCAUGAGAAAAACAGGGCUGUCUGGCUUCAGCUUGUACACUGAUGACCCUACUGGUCGAGAGCUAGAACAUUGCCUCCACCAGGGAAGCAUCAAGAUUUGUGAUAUUAUUUCCAAAUGGGAGCAAGCUUCUAAAGAGCAGCACUCUGGCAAGUCAGAAAAUACCAGAACAGUCCGCCUUACCUACAAGAACAGGUUGUACUUCUCUAGCCAGGUGAGGGGAGAGUCAGAGAGGGAAAGGUUGUUGCUGGCCUAUCAGACCAAUGAGGCCAUCGUAGCAGGACACUUCCCUGUCAACAAGGAACUGGCUCUGGAAAUGGCUGCAUUACUCGCCCAGGUGGAGUUUGGGGAUUUUGAACGCCCCUUCUUGCCUCCCGGACCCGUUCAAACUAAAUCCAACCAGACCUUGAAACAGGUUCUGGAUAGGUUCUACCCUAAACACUACCGCCGGAUUACAUCAGAGGACCAUCUUAGACAACUGCUCCAGCGUCUCUCUGCUCGCUGGGCCUCGCUCAGGGGUAGAACUUUAUCUGAGUGUGUCAGGAUUUAUCUGACUGUUGCUAAGAAGUGGCCUUUCUUUGGUGCCAAACUUUUUGAAGCAGAGUCCAUCACUGCUUCUCCAGAGACAGCAGCACAUGUUUGGCUGGCAGUUAAUGAAGAUGGUGUCAGCAUUUUGGAGCACAACUCUAUUAAACUACUGGUGACUUACGCCUACAAAAGUGUGAUGACAUUUGGAGGCUGCAAACAGGACUUCAUGCUGGUUGUGGCACAGAACAACUGUAACAACACCAUCAAAGACAAACCUUCAGAGAAACAUACGUUUGCCAUGGACAUGUCCAAGAUCAGAGAGAUGACCCUCCUCAUCUCCAGCUACAUCAAUAGUGCUCAUCAGCAGAAGGCCGCAGCACAUCACCUCUCUGCUCCCGCUCUGAUGCUGGCCCAGCAUGUCAGCCUGAAGAGCAAAGAGCUGAGGAGCAAGUCUCCGCCAGCGCCGGAACAUCCCAGGAAAACCCCCACCUUGUUGUGACCACCAUUGAGCUGAGCUUUUCUAGAACAGGUCACGUCUCUGCGCUCACUGCAGGUGGCACUCCAGCGUGUCCCACUCACACGAUGUCUGGGAGUUGAUUGCCUUACAUUUUAACCGCUCGAAAGAGAGAUUUAUGAGUUUUAUAGGUACAAAGGUGAAACCGGCUCUGGAGCAUUUUUGUCUUCCUUAUGAGUGUGGCUGGCAAGUGUGCAGAAAAGUCAACACAACUCUGUUUACUGAUUGACCAAGCUCGUGUUUUCCAUUUCAUUCAUCUCUGCUGUCUGCUGCGUUUUGGGUUACAGAUGCUGUUUAGGAAAACCCUUGCAUUAACAAAUAGCUGAAAAGAAUACAUUAAUGCUAUUUUAAUGUUUUGCAUCUAUUUGUCGAGUUGCAAAAAAUGCAAGACUGCAGCGGGCCACAACAUGUAGCUAUAUCUGCUUAAUCUAGUUUGAUCCAUAUAAUACAUCACCAAUCUUGUCUUUUUAAAGAUAAUAAUGCACAUGAUUCUCACAGAAGUAUUUAUUUCACAAGAAGUUGUAGAAUGGCUGCAUCAUACCAACAUGUCUUUGAUACGGGGGCAAAUGUGCAGCAAUGUCCAAACACUCCUAAGACAGACAUGUUCCAAGACCA